AUGUUUAUAGGUGAAACUCUAUAGGACGAUUGUUCUCUCAGUUCUUUAAAUCUCACCAAAACACUACAUUUUUUUUUUGUUCAUUUAUUGAAUUCCCAAGAUGGGUAUAGUUGUGUGCUUGCUUUUGAUAACAACCUUGUUUUUAAACUCUGGCUAUGCAGCUAUAAGCUCUUUGAGUCCUUUGUCAGUAGGGCAAACUCUCAGCUCUCCUGGCGGAUCUUUUGAGCUAGGCUUCUUCAGUACCAACAAUUCUGGGAAUCAGUACGUUGGAAUCUGGUUCCAGAAAGUCACUCCUCGGGUUAUUGUCUGGGUGGCUAACAGAGAAAAUCCAGUCUCCAGCCCCACGGCGAGUCUCACAAUCAGCAGCAAUGGAAGUCUUGUCUUGCUUGAUGGCAAGCAAGAUCAUGUGUGGUCAUCGGAAGGAGAUCUCACGUCUAACAAGUGUCGUGCUGAGCUUUUAGACACCGGAAAUCUUGUCCUCGUGGAUAACGUUACUGGAGACUAUUUGUGGCAGAGUUUUGAGCAUCCUGGUGAUACUAUGCUACCACUCACAUCUCUGAUGUAUGAUACUCCUCACAACAAGAAACGUGUGUUGACUUCGUGGAGAAGUGAGACUGAUCCAUCACCUGGGGAUUUUGUAGCUGAGAUCACCCCACAAGUGCCCUCGCAAGGCGUUAUAUGGAAAGGCUCGUCACCUUAUUGGAGAAGCGGACCUUGGGCGGGAACAAGGUUCACUGGGAUACCAGAAAUGGAUGAAUCAUAUAUAAAUCCACUGGGUAUGGUUCAAGAUGUAGUCAACGGCACAGGAGUUUUUGCGUUUUGUGUACUGAGAAAUUUCAAUUUGUCAUCCAUCAAGCUAACGUCAAAGGGGUCAUUGAGGAUUGAACGGUACGAGGGAACCAAAUGGAUUAAGCACUUUGAAGGUCCGGUAAGCUCAUGUGAUCUUUAUGGUACAUGUGGACCUUUUGGUUUGUGUGUGAGAUCCGAGACUCCAACGUGCCAAUGCUUGAAAGGGUUUGAGCCAAAGUCAGAUGAUGAGUGGAGAAGCCGGAACUGGAGUCGUGGAUGUGUGAGACGCACAGACUUAUCUUGUCAAGAAAGCUCCUCUCCAGAAACGCAGGGGAAAGAAAGAGACGUCUUCUAUCAUGUUUCCAACGUAAAGCCUCCAGAUUCUUACGAAUUAGCAAGCUUUAGCAAUGGAGAACAGUGCCACCAGGGCUGUCUAAGGAACUGUUCUUGCACAGCCUUUUCAUUUAUCAAAGGAAUAGGAUGUUUGCUGUGGGACCGGGAGCUAUUAGACACCGUAAAAUUUACUGCCGGAGGAGAGACUCUUUCCCUUCGUCUUGCACACUCUGAACUGACUGGAAGCAAGCGAAUCAAGGUUAUCACAAUUGCAACUCUCAGCCUCUCUAUUUGGUUGAUCUUGGUGCUUGCUGCAUAUGUGUGUUGGAGAUACAGAAUGAAACAAAAUGAUUCAAGUAUUGUUUCCAAGGAAAAUGUAGAAGGCUCUUGGAAGAGUGAUUUGGAAUCACAACAUGUCUCAGGUUUAAACUUCUUUGAGAUUCAAACCCUACAGACCGCCACAAACAAUUUCAACGUGUCAAAUAAACUUGGUCAGGGUGGGUUCGGUACGGUUUAUAAGGGGAAGCUUCACGAUGGGAAGGAAAUAGCAGUGAAGCGUCUUUCUAGCAGCUCUGUUCAGGGUAAAGAAGAGUUCAUGAACGAGAUCAAACUUAUCUCAAAACUACAGCACAGAAACUUGGUUCGGCUUUUGGGAUGCUGCAUUGAUGGAGAAGAGAAGUUAUUAGUCUUUGAAUAUAUGGUGAACAAAAGCCUUGAUACUUUUCUCUUUGAUUUGAAGAAGAAGCUUGAGAUUGAUUGGCCUAAGAGAUUCAAUAUCAUUCAAGGAAUUGCUCGUGGACUUCUCUAUCUCCACCGUGACUCAUUACUCAGAGUUGUUCACCGUGAUCUGAAGGUCAGCAACAUUCUACUGGAUGAGAAAAUGAACCCAAAGAUAUCGGAUUUUGGGUUGGCUCGAAUGUUUCAUGGGAAGCAACAUCAAGACAGCACUGGCAGUGUUGUAGGAACUCUAGGAUACAUGUCUCCCGAGUAUGCUUGGACAGGGACGUUCUCUGAGAAAUCUGACAUUUACAGCUUCGGAGUUCUGAUGCUCGAAAUCAUCACUGGCAAAGAGAUUUCAAGCUUUAGCUAUGGGAAAGAUGGCAAAAACCUUCUCUCAUACGCAUGGGAAUCUUGGAGCGAAACCCGAGGACUGAAUCUACUGGAUGAAGAUCUUGCUGAUUCUGAUGAUUCAGUUAAUACAUUUGAAGUAGGGAGAUGUGUUCAUAUUGGUUUGCUCUGUGUUCAACAUCAAGCUAUUGAUAGACCAAACAUCAAACAAGUUGUGUCGAUGCUGACAUCAUCAACCGAUCUUCCUAAGCCAACACAACCAAUGUUUGUAUUGGACACAAGCGAUGAGGAUUCUUCUGUGUCUCAACACUCCAAUGGUCUCUUCUCUGUUGAUGAAAGCAAAUCUUCUAAGGGGCUAAAUUCUUCCAAUUGAGUUUGUUGACCAAUAUGAUUCUUCCACGAGGACAUGAUUCUGUUAGUUAAUUGUGAAAUAAAUCAAGGAUGUAAAUUGACUAUAUAGUCAAACAGUAGGUUGUGAAUUUUACAUUCUCCAAUUCUCUCAA